CACACUAAACGGGGGUAAACAAAACUUGUGUUGUUUAUUGGCGAUUUAUUUUGAUUGGGCAGGAGUAGAGUUGGCCCAAAAGGGGGCAAAAAGGCCAUGUCGAAGCUGAGCGACACCAAAAUCCCGAUCACGGAGUUUCUAGAGGCGUACCGCCGUCAGCCGUGCCUCUACAAUACACUGCUGGACACCUACAAAAAUCGGGUGUCCCGGGAGGAAGCAUACGAGGCGAUAAUUCGCGCCCUGAAAAUCCCUCAACUGACGGUGGUGGACAUCAAGCUAAAGAUCAAGAGCGUUCGCACCGUCUACUCCAAGGAGCUGCGUAUCUGGAUGCGCGAAAAGGAACUGGGCAGGAGCUAUGAGCCGAAGUUGUUUUGGUUCAAGUUGGCAGACUCCUUUCUGCGCUCCGUUUCGCUGUCCCAUUGCAAAAGGUCGAAAAACAAGCAUUCCGGUGCUCCCCAAACGCCAGUUAAAACGGAGGAAUCGCUGGUGCCCUCGAGUAAACUGCUCUUCACUGCCGCCGCGGAUAUAAGUAUGAGCGAAGAUGCUCUUGAGGAGGAAGAUGAGCAAGCUGAUGGCGAGCCGGAGGAGUGUCUGCCGGACAAUGGCAAAGCUCCGGCAAACAACUGUAUCAUUUCGUUGGCCACGGAAACCACUCGUAGCGGCAAGCCCGAGGUAAUAAUCGAUGAUUCUUCACUCUGUUUGGUGGAGCAGCAGCAACAUCAUAAUCAGGCGCAAACCCAACAGCUCCCGGUCACGCCGGUACAACGUAAACUAAAAUAUAACCCAAGUCUGGAUUCUGCCGGGGAGGAUGAGUUGAUGAUUUUCGGACAGAGCAUUGCCUCCCAGCUGCGCACUAUCACGGACUCAUAUUCCCGGUCGGUAGCCAAACUGCGCAUUCAGCAGGUGCUUUUUGAGGCUGAAACCGGACAGUUUCAGAGCACCGAGGUCAACAGUACACAGCUUCAGCAUACCUUCUAAUCCAUAAGCCUAGAUUUAAGACAUCUAGUAUGUGUAUUUACGUUCUUAUGUUAUAUUUUUGCUCAGUUAUGGAAGUAUCUUUGCUUAGAAUAAGCCAAUUUCCCAGGGGUAUUUUCAACCUGUCUGUCGUUCAGUGUUUAAAGUCUUGUUCAUUCCAAUAUUUGACCAUUUAGUUUAAAUUGUAAAUAUGCCUUUUAAUAUACAUAUAUACUGUAAGCAAUAGAAUCCGAAGUGGAUAAGGUAGUUGGAGCAAAAUUUGGCAAAGAGUUGUAAAACCGUUAGCAACCAUGUAAGUUAAACAACAAAAAAACGUGUACAAAUAACAUGAGUAAUCAUUUUUUAUUGUUUUCCUUAAAACAUUUUCGAAAUAAUAUUUAAAAACAGUACAA